AUGGUGGAAUUCAUGGAAAAAAAUGGAGAUUUAUCGAAACCUCAGUGUUUGCCGCAGGGGCGUCAGUAUUGUUUAAGAAUGUGGAAAGAAUUAGCGGAACUUCUUAACAGCCAGGGAAUCGGCGAAUAUCGCAGUGAAGAAAAGUGGAGAAAAGUAUGGAGUGAUUUAAAAAAUAAUACCAAAAGGAAGUGGGCAAAAAUUAAUAGAUCGGUGCGUGGCACAGGUGGUGGGCCUGCUCUUAAAAUGUGCCUAACCGAUUUAGAGAACCGGGUUCUUACUAUGCGUGUCCAGGCAGCAACUGGAAUGCCCAUCGCUGAAAUUGGUUUUGGAAUGAUAAACAUGCAGUCAGUAUUCAAGGUAUUAAUUGAUAACUAUCAAGAUCACUACUUAGGCCUUCUUGAAAAUCUAGAAGAUAUAGAGACCAAAACUAGGCGACCUAGAGUAUUUCAAAUGCGUCGUAAUUAUUACGAAGAAUAUAAUGAGGAAUCAUUUAAAACUAGAUUCCGUUUGUCAAAACCUUCUGCACUGAACAUAAAUAAUUCCCUGGCACCUAUAAAUCAGUUACUAUUGACUUUACGGUACUAUGCAACUGGAUGUCAUCAACUGACCAUGGGUGAUUUUUCUGGAGUCAGUCUACCAACAGCUAAUCGUGUCAUCCACCGAGUAACUGCAGCAAUAGCCUCCCUGAGUCGUGAUUACAUCAAGUUUCCGCAGACUGACGCAGAUAUUAGAAAAACCCAACUAGACUUUUACAAUAUAGCCAGAUUUCCAAAAGUUAUAGGUGCAUUGGAUUGCACUCAUAUAAAGAUAAUAUCACCAGGAGGAAGCCAUGCAGAAACCUUCAGGAAUAGAAAAGGCUAUAUGUCAAUUAAUGUGCAAGCUAUUUGUAAUGCC